CACAGCGGGAUCGCCCGCACUACCGGGACUCUAUCCCAGUACGAUAAAACAGAGCCGCCUAUCGGAUACUUACACAAAUUCGUUUCCACUACAAAACUCGUAUAUCUAUUCAACUUCUAUAAUCUGAUAUAGAUUAUAUUACAAUUUUUUUUCGGAACACCCUUUAGGUGUACCUACAAAUUUUUGUAAAAACAAUUCAGUGCUGUUCUUAUUCUUCCUAAAUUUUUAUUUACUAAAUUCUUUUUUUUUUGUGUUUAUGUUGAGUUUCGUUAUCUUUCUUUUAAUAAUAUGCAUCGGACAACAAUUUAGAACUCUUUGAACUAUCGUUUAGUGCGGGACUAUGGCAAAUCGAAUUUACUAGAAGAUUCUCGAAAAAAUACUGUCGUUAUUUUUCGCUCGGUUUAUAUUCAAAUAUUCUAACACUAAAAUCUAAAACUAAUUUCUGCAGUUAGACAACAAAAUAGUGCGGGAAUAUGAAGUUAACAAAUCGAAUUUAGAAUUGGAAUAAGAUUGAAACGUUCGUGAUUUUCCGCGGGUGUCCGUGCGCGCUCGGGCGCUCUCGGGCGUCCGACGUGAGUCGCGAUUCGGUCGGACGAGCUGAACGCGGCGGCGGGCGGGUACACGGGCUCGCCGUGGCCGCCGCUCGAGCUCGACCCGGUGGGAUGGGGACGCAAGCUGUACCCGUCUGGAGCGCCGAGGUCGUCAGGGGGUCUGAUGUUCGGCUUGCACCAUCAAGAAGCGGCAGGAGUACACGCACAGCCAAGAGGUCCCGUCACAUCCUUGAAAGAAGAACCGCUAACACGAGCAUGGAUGACUCCGACCUCCUUAGUUGACAAUACCAACACAGUGGGCGUAGGACGCGCCCACUUCGAAAAGCAGCCGCCAAGCAACCUGCGCAAGAGCAACUUCUUUCAUUUUGUGGUCGCGUUGUACGACCGAGCGGGACAGCCGGUCGAGAUCGAACGCACAGCUUUCAUUGGCUUCAUUGAAAAGGACCAGGAAGCUGAGGGUCAAAAAACAAACAACGGUAUUCAGUACAGGCUACAGCUCCUUUAUGCUAAUGGCCUCCGACAGGAGCAAGACAUAUUCGUCCGACUAAUCGACUCAGUCACCAAACAACCUAUCGUCUAUGAAGGACAAGACAAGAACCCAGAAAUGUGCAGAGUUCUGCUAACGCACGAAGUUAUGUGCAGUCGAUGCUGUGAUAAGAAGAGUUGUGGCAACAGAAAUGAAACACCUUCAGAUCCUGUAAUUAUAGAUCGGUUUUUUCUGAAGUUCUUUCUGAAAUGCAACCAAAACUGUUUGAAGAACGCCGGCAACCCAAGAGACAUGAGAAGGUUUCAAGUGGUGAUAUCAACACAAGUGAUGGUGGACGGUCCACUGCUGGCCAUAUCAGACAACAUGUUCGUCCACAACAACAGCAAGCACGGACGAAGAGCUAAGCGACUCGAUCCGUCUGAAGGUACUGACGCCGCGCCUGACCCUAAUAAUUCGGGGCUUUACCCACCGUUGCCCGUGGCAACGCCAUGCAUCAAAGCAAUAUCUCCGAGCGAAGGCUGGACGUCAGGGGGUUCCACUGUAAUAAUAGUGGGGGACAACUUUUUCGAUGGACUCCAAGUCGUAUUCGGAACUAUGUUGGUAUGGAGCGAGCUAAUAACAUCGCACGCAAUCAGAGUGCAAACGCCUCCAAGGCACAUACCCGGCGUGGUGGAGGUCACGCUUUCCUACAAGAGCAAACAGUUCUGCAAAGGCGCACCCGGGAGAUUUGUUUAUGUUUCAGCUCUGAACGAGCCUACGAUAGAUUACGGCUUCCAGAGGCUCCAGAAACUCAUACCCAGGCAUCCGGGCGACCCUGAAAAACUACCAAAGGAAAUCAUUCUCAAGCGAGCAGCAGACUUAGCAGAAGCACUGUAUUCGAUGCCCAGAAACAAUCAGCUGGGCUUGGGCGCACCACGAUCUCCUCCAGCCAGCAUGCCUUUCAACUCCUACACAGGGCAGCUGGCUGUCAGUGUGCAGGACACUGCCGCUUCGCAGUGGGCCGAAGAGGAGUACGCGCGUAGUGGUGGCUCGGUAUCGCCGCGCUACUGCUCCGCUGCAUCCACACCGCACGCGCCUGCUGCCUACCCACCGCAGCACUACCCCGCUCCACCUACUUCACUCUUCAACACUUCUUCUCUGUCUCUAGGACCGUACCACCCGGCCAACAUGAAUGGACAUUUAUCGUCUGACCAUCACCAGUAUAACUUGUAUAACGCAAAAGAUAGCGAGCAUUACAGUGAAAGAAAUGGGGACGCGAAAAGCGAGUGUCCAGCAAACACUCAUAUAAAAUGCAACGAUAUGAAAGGGCUCAGUAAAGAGGCCAAGACCAGAAGCGCGUUUGCCGUUGUCAGACAGAGCCCGCCGCGUAAUUUCCAACAACAUCAAAAUUGGCAACAUCUCGCCGUUCAGUGAAUGGGAGGUCUGGUAUCGUCGCCCUUCAGCGUGAAUCCCUUCUCCCUGCCAACCUGCAGCGCGCAGCAAUACGCUCAAACAGCACCUCUUGCUUCCAAGUAACCAAAAUUACCGUCUGUCAAGAAUUUGUUACCUUU